CAACGAUGCAGCACAAAAUGUAUUGAUUGAUGAUAUGUGCCUUUAAAUCAGACUGAGAAUAAUUCCUAGCCUGACAGAUGGAAGAGAUUGCAAUAGUAGGCAUAGCCUGCAGAUUUCCUGGCGCAGAUGACAUAGAUGAAUUCUGGAAAGUCCUUAAAAACGGAGAAGAUCAUGUACAAGACAUUCCAAAGGAAAGAUGGGAUAUCCAACAUAUUGAAAUUCCAGACGUGGAUGAUGAAUGGAAGGAUCAUGCUUCUAAAAGUGGCUUAAUAAAAGAUUAUGACAAAUGGGACAACAAGUUUUUUGGAAUCAGUGAUUCUGAAGCAGGAUGGAUGGACCCGCAGCAGUGUCUUGCCCUUGAAGUUGCUUAUUCAGCUUUAGAAGACGGAGGUUUCACUAGAGAACAAAUAAAGGGAACAACCACUGGCGUUUAUAUAGGUUACAAUUUAUUAUAUUUCAAUCCGAUAAAAAUUAGAAAAUAUAAUUUUAUUCAAUCUAAAGUUGUUUUACUUUAAAAUAGAGUAAUUUUGUGUCUUUUAUGUUUUUACAUCACAUUUUGACAUGCAUACAAUUUCAUGAAGAUGAAAAUUGAUGACACGUAUCAAAAUACUUUACGUAAGAAGUAACAUUAAGUCGUUAAUGUUAACCAACAGUACAUAUCAACAAAUUAAAAUUCGAGAUAUCGAUACAUAAAAUGCAUUAUACGUAUGACUGUUUUUAUGAAUAGGAGGUCUUAGUAUAAAAUUAAAUCUUAUAAAAUUGAUGCGAUUGAACACUGUUGAGUGUUUUGAUGAUGUAUACGCAUGAUACAUUGAUACUUAUAAUGAUUUUUACACAUGUUAUUUUUAUG